CUCACAGUGAGGAUUUAAAUUGCCCGAACAGGAGUGCGAGAGACAGGAAUAGAGUGAACAUGAGUUGCUGACCGCAGCUGAUAGGAUGUAGAGACCAUCGCAAGAUGCCUGUUUGCGCGUUGCUGGUCCGCUUUGUUGGACUCGUUGCCUCGUCCUUGGUACACACAAUCUCGGGCGCGCAGCUUGCAGGUCUAGAACAUUUCGACCAAAACACGUUCGCUGCUGAGCCCGAGCUGUUUUACCAAGACCGUUCCGUGCUCUACCCAUCUGCUUCAUCCGUGACGAAGGAAAAGCAAUCGCCCGCAGGAAUUUCGUGUGAGGACACUGCUGAGACAGACUUUCACAGCGCCAGAGGCGACAGUUCGCCAGGUUGUCACACGAUUUGUACCAACGACACUAGCGUUCGCAUACCUACGUUGCCUGCAGCAGGGCCAUGUGCAGCAGGUGUUGGCGGCUUUGAAAACCACGAGAAGCCGGCGACGGAAGAUGAUGCAAGGUUGUCGGCAUCACGGGAAGUAUCGCCCGAGUCCCUUGCUGCCAACUUGUCUGAGCUGUCCCUCACUGGCCACGUUGGCUCGGCAGCGCCUGGCCGGAGUGGUGAUCGCGGGAGAGAACGCGAGUGCCGACAGGCAGAUAGUCAUCCGAGAGAAACUUCUGCGGGGGAAGUUCAAGUUGUGAACCCGCUGAUGCGUUUUUGUCACCCAGGCAUUAGAAAGCACCUGAUGCGUCCCCGAUCGCGCAGCUCCUCUCAAUUUUCUUCUUCCGAAGAUACUACGAGCCAUAGUGCGGAGGCGCUCGACAGUAAGAAAGACACGACUCGCGGCGACGAUACCGUGCAUAUUAGACCUUCGAACGGUACCAGCAAUUACCUCCGACCAAGGAAUUUCUUCGUGAAGGUAAAUAAGGAGAGCGUUUUUGAGACAGGCUCGACGACGUCCGCGGAAGGCAAGUCGAAGAUGGCAGCGUCAGAACCUGCAAUCCUUGCACAGAAGACAAGUGACGAUUUGUGGACCUCCCAGGAGAAGUCGCUGCACGAGGCACAGGACGCGUCCGCUUCGUGGGACACCGAUAGUUCCACGCCGAAAACUGCUCACGACGCCAAAAACGCAUUUAGGGCAGAUGAGAGUGCGGAUGAGCUUAUCGGUUUGGAGCAAAUAAUUUCUUGGUCACGAUACUGGUCUCCCGUUUUCGAGAACGAGGAGAAGUUUUUCAACAGUACCUCUAUCGCAACGCCGCGGGAGACCGAAUCGUCGAUGCGCGAGGUAGCAGAGGAGUGCGCCGGUGCGGUUGUUUCACGAGAGGCCACAGAUGGCGGGACGGGAUGCGAGCACAACGACUCCCACCCUCCAUGCGCAAUGGAAAAUGAUUCCGGCGCCACGACAAACAGUCCCAACGUAUCCGCACAUUCUCCCGCCGCAACGGCGAGCAGCGCUGGCGUGGCUACGAGCGAUACCGGCCUCAUGGCAACCGAGGAUUCUGACGCCGCAUCUAUGCCGCUCUGGAUGAGGCAGCAACGUGACCGCAAUCGUGAACUGGUUUUGAAGUCACCGGGUGACAAGGCCGGGUUUGCUGAUGCGUGGUUGCUGGAAGUGCAGAAAGCGCUCGAAGAGAAGACGAGAACCCCGGUACCGGACUGGAUGCGAAGACAGGAACGAAACAACAAGCGACUUCUGGGCGACAGGUCGUCCAUUCGAGCGCGAUUACAGCAGAACGGCUUCGUAGCGCCUCGGUCUGAUCUUGGUGUUGCUCUUUUCGGGGCCACGGGGCCGCGUGGAGCGGAGUUCCGUCAGAGCUCUACCUACGAAAGAGCAAUGGCCGAGUUGCUGGAAGCGAAUGAACAGCAUUUGAAGCCAUCAGACGAAAGCUCCGAGGACGAAGUGGUUCCGAGCUCCGCAACGCACGUCGAACCACACAAUUUAGGGAACUACGUAUCUUCGACCACUGGAGCGAUGACCGAGAAAGAAGACACCCCACAAGAGCUGCCCGCGACGAUGCAGGAUGCCGUACUAUCCGGGACCUUUUCAGCAGCCCAUGACGAUACCGCAUCCGUGACCUCUUCACUAGUAGUUCACCAGCCCGGCGAGCCCAAGGAAGCUACUGAGGAUGAAAGCCAGGAAGAGCGCAGGAGCGUCGUCGAAGAUGUACGGCGAAGACGGUUGGUGCACGCCGGAGACCACGCACCUGCUGCUUCAGUACCGUCUGGUUCGCCGGAUUCAGAUUUUUCGUCUACGUUCGAUGGCCGAGGUGGGCGGGGUGCGAGUCCGGCCCUGCUCAGGCGGCGACUGUACGUGCCAUCGAAAACCGCCCACGUGGCUGCACAUAGCAGAGGAUCUUCCCGGGCAAGAAGUAAAGACUGCACCAGCGGUCCUUUCUCGGGCGUUCUGCACAAGAGCUCUUCGAGCCUCACCCGUAAGAAAAUGCAGUUUUGCGCGCGCCCGCCUUCACAGCGCAAAAGACGAACCGGACGCAGCCCGGUGGCUCUGCUGGUCCCUGAGAACGAAACCUUGUCGGCGCACGACGCAGAUGCGGAAGGCAGCACCGGUGGUGCGGUGGUGGCGGCCGCACCGAUGGGGCGAGCAAGUAGUCGGUCGAAUAAAGGCCGCCCGCGGUCGGGCAGCACGAAGAACCGUCGGAAGCGAACUGGAAUCAUGCGGUAUCUGCAUUCCGUGGUGUCUUUGCCGAACGGAAGUGGCCGCUUUUUUCAGCGUGUUCACCUGCCCUCGAUUGCCGCUCUGUAUGACGAACAACCAGCGGAACAAGCACCUUCAUCCAACUCAGUCAGUGCCACCGCGGUCAACGAAACUUUGCAUAUUUGAGUAUCGUAAAUGUAUACGAUACACCUAGACGAUAACGAACUUCUUCGACGCAUAUUCAAGUUGGCUGAUAUUUGUUUCAUCGAGUUUUGUGUCAUCCACAAUCCUUGUUUCUGAAAAUGUAGUGUCUUGGCCAUACACCAUGGCAAAAGGUUGAAUGUAUUCGUAGUUCGGCGGCUGCGGAAAUCUACAAAAAUGAAAAAAAAGGCGGUAGCGAGGAAUACAUGGUCCCGAGAAUAUGACAACUGUGCGUCUCUUUCAUCUUCUUGAGGUAUGAAUUAAAAGCGAAAUUAUGUGUUGAGAUCACAUUGAGUGCUUAGCUUGCAAAACAAUUCUUUCAGAUAAAAAGGAGACCGCUGCGUCGAAUUGGAAAUUUCCGUCAAAUAGGUUGUUGCCAACG